GGCGACGACUCGAGCAGCGAUGGACGCGUCUCGCACGGUGGUGAUGUGGCGGCUCGUGCUGUCAGCGUGCUGGGUGACAGGAGCUCUCACAGCGCCUCCUCGGCACACAGCACACCCGGCCUCGGCAGACGUUAGAAGACUGGCACAGGCUCUGGGCUUCCCUGAAGAGGUCGAGUUCAGCCACCGGCGGCCGCCGCCGCCUCCGGCGCUCAUGGUUGACCUUUAUAACAGCGUGGCCGACGGCCGAGGACGGUGGAGGGGGCCGACGCCCUAUGACGCCAACGUGGUGCGCAGUCUCAGAGAGGCAGAGCCCAUCUCGGCCGACUUUCUGCAGUUCGACGUGGCGCCGUUUCCGGCGGAGGAUCUCCUGGAGGCCGAGCUGCACGUGUACGUGUCGCACGUGUCACACGCGGCGCCCGUGCGCCGUGUGCGUGUGUCGGCGGGUGGCGGCCGGACGCUGGACACGGCGCUGCUUCCCGGCGCCGCCGGCUGGGCCGUGCUGCGAGUGCGGCCGGCGGUGACGGGGCAGGGGACGGCGGACAGACGGCCGCUGGCGCUGAGUCUGACUGAGGAGACGGCCGACGGUUGGUGGCAGAGGCUGAACGUGUCGCGGCGCGGCCACCACCACAACCGGCAGCCGCUGCUGGUGCUCUACAGCCGCGACAACCGCACGGCGCACCACCAGACUCUGAACGAGGAGCUGGUGCGUCACGCCCGCUCUGCAUCCACCGGCCGGCGGCGGAGAGACGCCGACCUCACCGAGAUCCCCUCCGGCUGUCAGCGCCGCGAGCUCUACAUCGACUUCCAGGAGAUCGGCUGGUCUUCGUUCGUGGUGGCGCCCAGCGGCUACGACGCCUACCACUGCCUGGGGAGGUGCGAGUUUCCGCUGACGCAGGAGCAGCGGCCCACCAAUCACGCUACAGUGCAGAGUCUGGUGGAGCACAUGGGCCUGGGAGGCGCCGAGCAGAUGGUACAGAGGCCCUCCUGCGUGCCCAGCGCGCUCAGCAGUCUGCACGUGCUCUUCCUGCCUGAUGACAACAUGGUGGUGCUAAAGAAGUACAUGGACAUGGUGGCAGAGGAGUGCGGCUGUCAGUGACGGGUCGGGUGGGACGGGGUGGACUGGACGGGGGCCCGGCGCCGGCGGGGUCGCGGGCGAAGCGGAGGCUGGUGAGAUUCAGCUCCAGCCCAUCGCCGCCGCCGGUGCCAGGAGUGUUUCUAUCGAGCAAGCCUGAUGUUAUGGCUUCUCCAAUAGCGGGAGGCGUCCGCGGUCCCCGUAAGCCUCAUUCAUUCAGCACGGAUUGUAGCAAUUCCGUGACCCUGCUGGGAGUCUGGGACAGGGCUGCAAGAGCGCCGUUCUUGGGUCGUCUUUGUUGUCACCUGUAUGCGUUAGUGAUGUGAUAGUACGUCUGCCGCCUGGACCACAGUUGUGCCUUUUGAACAGCAGCACGUAACGCGCGGACUUGCUCGGCUGUAAACGCGUCAAACACGUGUUCGUUGAGAGCCUGAGUUGCAGCUAUGUACGAUGAGGGAAGGGAAGAGGGUAAGUUAUAUAUCGUAACUGUCAGUGUGUCUGUGCAUUGUCGGGGCUGCCUGAUGCUCCCAUCGUGCUAUCGAAGCGUCCAGAAAGCUAAUGCCGAAAUGUCAUCUAUAUCGAGUAAUACAUGCAAACAUUAUUUAA